UCACAGUCCGUGGUGUUUCUCCCUUUCCCAGGAAGCCUUUGCCGCAGGGGAGGUCUCGGCUCGGUCUACGCCGCCGGAAAUGGCCCAUGUGCUCUGUAACAGAGCCAGACUGGUUUCCUAUCUCCCAGCCUUUUGUUCUCUAGUUAGAAGAGUUGUUAAUCCCAAAGCCUUUUCAACUGCAGGAUCUUCAGGUUCUGAUGAAUCUCACGUAGCCACUUCGCCUCCAGAUAUAUGCUCUAGAACAGUAUGGCCUGAUGAAACUAUGGGACCAUUUGGACCUCAGGAUCAAAGAUUCCAGCUUCCAGGAAACAUAGGUUUCGAUUGCCACCUCAAUGGGGCUGCUUUACAGAAGAAAAGCCAGGUUCAUAAAACUUUGCCCGAUGUUCUAGCAGAACCAUUAUCCACUGAAAGACAUGAGUUUGUGAUGGCACAAUAUGUGAAUGAAUUUCAGGGUAAUGAUACACCUCUUGAACAAGAAAUUAACAGUGCAGAAACUUAUUUUGAAAGUGCCAGAGUUGAGUGUGCAAUCCAAACAUGUCCAGAAUUUCUGCUAAGAGAUUUUGAAUCACUCUUUCCAGAAGUGGCCAAUAGCAAACUAAUGAUUCUAACUGUAACUCAGAAAACAAAGAAUGAUAUGACUGUUUGGAGUGAAGAGGUAGAAGUUGAAAGAGAAAUGCUGCUAGAAAAGUUCAUUAAUGGUGCUAAAGAAAUUUGCUAUGCUCUUCGAGCUGAAGGCUAUUGGGCUGACUUUAUUGAUCCAUCAUCUGGUUUGGCGUUUUUUGGACCAUAUACAAACAAUACUGUUUUUGAAAUGGAUGAACGCUACCGACAUUUAGGAUUCUCUGUUGAUGAUCUUGGCUGCUGUAAAGUGAUCCAUCAUAGCCUCUGGGGAACGUACGUGGUUGUAGGAAGUAUCUUCACUAAUGCAACACCAGAUAGCAAUAUUAUGAAGAAAUUAAGUGGAAACUAGCAGUAAUGUCAUCUUAUUUGCAGUACUGUUUGU